AAUGCAUUGAUUGAUUGAUUGACACAUUGCUUACAGUUUUUUUUUAAUGUAAAGUAGUUUCGAGUUUACAGUUUGAAAGCAAUCAUACAAUCAAUUAAAUAUUGAAUCAAUCGGUAAAUCAAUUGAAAAACGCCUAAUGAUUGCCAUUAAGUGUUGCCAAUCAUUGUUGUUGUUGUUGUCUGUGUUAUUGUUGGCGCUUAACGUAUGGAUCUGUUUGGGUGAUAACAAUGUGACCAAAGUUGUUGUCAAUCAAACAAAUGAUCAGUUGAUAGCACAAGAAGAAGAUGUGUCGGAUUUGUCGACAGUAUCGAUGAACGAGACAUCAGUGAAGCACAAGAAGUCAAAUCCCAUUCAUAGGAUUCAGUUUACUAACGGAUUUCUUUUGAGAUCACUUUUUGUGAUUACUGUCAUAUCGAUGUCAUUAACAUUGUUAUGCAUUAUUCGUAUUUAUUUGUCUUCAAAGUCGGCCAAACACCAGAAGAUAACAAAAGGACUCAAAGACGGUCUCAAUUAUGACUCAUUGCCGACGACUUCUAUCAAUGAAUCGAUUCCGAAGAAUGCCUUUGUUUUGGAUGAUUCCGAUGACGACGACGUGACUAUCUAUGACUCGACUCAUCGGUUGAUCAAAUAGUGUGAUGAUUAACGACUAGAUCUCAAACUAAGUCCUGAUUUUUUUGAUAAAAUGUUUUUUGUAAUUCAAAUAUAUUUUGUGAUAUAAUGUGUUUUUUAAUGAAUAGAUAUUUAUUAAAUUUAAUAAU